AUGGUUUCCCGGGCGUCUUCCUCAAAUUCGCAAGAGUCAGGAAGACCAGAUGUGGGAGAGGGCACAAGUGACUGGUACAGCGAAAUUGCGUACCCAGGCAUGCCACCAGCCCCCUAUCACACCAUGUACAACCGGUCAGAACUUCAUUCAAGAAAAAAUGGAACAGCACGGAGCAAUAUGCAUGAAUUGGCCCCUUAAACGCACACAUAAGGCAGCAGCGGCAUGGAUCUCAUAUGUGCGAGAAGAAGCCACCGAAGUUUUACCUUCAGGCCAGCGGUCGACUGCUGAACGCACAAACAAACACUGGGUUGACAGCAUGGCAUAAGUGGAAUCGGUCGUUGGCAGCCAUCCAAGUCGCACUUUUAGCACACCGUGAUAGUCUUAAGCGCGUCAGCUGAGAGCCGACAUUAUUCUCUCUGCCCUUUCUCAUGCAUCGCUCAGAUUCCCAGGCCGAGUAACCAGCCGAUGUUGAGGCUGGGGGAAGUGCCUGACAAAACUGGGAACGGCCCGUAUACGCGAACCACACACGCAACCCGGCAGCCAUACACGCACGUCAGGAUUUUAUGUUAAAGAGAUAGAUAGCUCGGACUUCACGUGUAGCAGAGGACCCACAUGCAGGAGUUAAAGAACACACUCCGCACUUACAUGCAAGAUGCCUGCGCUGUGUGAUGUUGGAGGUGUUCAUGAGUUGUGCAUGCGCUGAUGGGAAAAUGUGUGGCGUAUGGCCUAGUCUAUGAUGACUUUCCGUAGAUCUUCAUGGACACGCAUGUGAGUGAAAUUCGAAGGGCUAGGCGGGCAGUCGAGGAAGUGGUGGCGGAUGUGCAUUGGUGUCCCAGGCACUGAUUUUCCAGCCUCUGUUACGGGGGAGACGGAGGUUUCGGUGGUCGACGGUAACGGGGCAUUGGAAGUCUGAUUAUCGAUUGUGAGGGAGGUUGUUGUUCCGACGACGUGGAGGUUGAUGUGGAGAUGACGACGACGGGCGGUUGCGGGAGCCGCAGUUGAGAUGGCUUGCUUGUUUUUACAGUGGACCUGGGACGUUCGACGAGACUAAUUUGUGCGCUGAAAGCUCGUUGGCAGUGUGGACAUUUCGGAAAGAAUUGAGUUUUGCAGGUGUGGAUCGGGGAUUCCUGAGACUUGUGAGUCGUUCUUUUGGCCAUGGCAGUGGUUAACCGAUUGGCUUCACAAAUUGCCGCUGCAGUUUUGAGUGCCCUUCUCCAGGACAAGCGGUCCUGUGCAAGGUCUUCCCAGGUGUCCGGGUCGAUUUGUAAGUGCUUCGAAGUAUUCUUAAAGGUUUCAUUGUAGUGUUGUGUUCGACCUCCCUGCAGGUGAGCAUCAAUAUCAACAACUCCCAAGCAGAUCCAUUUGCGUAGUCGCUCAUCACCCAUUCUCAUGAGGUGACUGCCCCAUCGGAGCUAUAUUCGCCUCAGCAUGCGCGGAUGCUGACAACUAUGGUUCGUUCUAAAAUCUCCGUGUCCGCGAGCCUGUCCUGCUGCCUCAGUUUCAUGAUUCUCCGGAUAGAAUGGAGAUAAAAGUGACUGAGCGUCUGCGCUUGUUUCUUGUAGACUGUCCAGUUCUCCGCUUACCACUUCAGUGUCAUCAAGACGACGGCUUUGUACUUGAGUUCGGUGUUGAAGUGCCGACCGUGGCGAUGCAUACUGCUUUCUGCAGCCGACAAAAGGUCUAUAUGGCUUUCGAGAUCUGGUUAGCCACUCUGUCGCCGACUUUAGUGAAGCCACCCUUUACACCAACAUGCUUUUCAACAAUUUAAAAACGCUUUCCUUCUAGUCCGACAAGCAAAUGAAACAUUUAUGGAAGCCAUUUUCCCCACAACCUGUCUCUUCUAUGCCCAUUGUCCUUAGCCUCGCUUGAGCCAAUGGAACGUCUAUAGUCCUCAAAAUGCUCCAACCUAGAACUUAUGUUGAAGACAAGUGAAUUAAUAAGGAAGGCUUUGCCGCAUUUGAUAAGUUAUAGUUUCUAUCGACAGUGGAACUUAAAAAACGCAAUGGAGUAUAUCUGAUUUACAUAAAUGUCACCCUUGAGCAAAGUGUUUUUGAUGUUUCGAAUAAAUUCCCGGUUAAUAAAGAUGUUUCGCUCCAAUCCUAGAUUUGCAAAACAUACUGAUAGGAUGUCUCUACCCCUCUCCAGAAUGCAUUAAUAAUGAAAUAGGUCUGAACCGUUUGAUAGGCAAUAUGUCAAUAAAUAAAAAUGAGCACAACACAAAUUAGGAUUAUUUGAGCUGGCCAGAGAUGAACUGUAUCAAGCUGCCAGCCCCCACCGAACGCGACGAAUUGUUAUCUUCUAUUGCCCUCUACGAAUGGACACAAAUAGUACAUGGACCCGCGGGAAUAAACAACUUACUUGACCUUUUUUCAUAAAUGAUAUCUGGCUUAUAUCUAGGCAUUAUGACAAUGUAGUCUUUGCGAGCAGUCAUAAAGCAGUAAUAUCCAUCUUCCCCUGGGCAUAAACCAAGCACACGAUCUUGUCAACACCCACUGAGACUCUAGAACACUCAACAACCACAAUAAGCAGCUAUAUCAGGUCAUUUGACUGAAGUCCCUGCCUUCUAACAACUCCUACGAAAACAGUUCACCUUAUAUACUCCAACCUAUUUACUAUUCGCGAUACUCUAGUAAAGGUGGUGUCCCACAUAAGGAGCGGAGAAUUCCAAAUUCUUUUUCAAAGGGAGUUGAAGUCCAAAAAACGGGUACAUGACCACUCUGUUGGUUAUCUAUCAACAUUCCGAUAAAUUAAAGAAAUUCAGGACAUAUUUAAAAAAAAAGUGGAAACAAGGAAGGCCAUAGCUGCAAUGCACCGUGGACAAACGACUUUAAUAAUUCAAACGAAGAUGAGUACUUGCCGAAGGCCAGGAUCGCCAUUCAGGGUAAGUAGUAAUAUAGAGAAAGUAAGAAGCUAACGUGUCUAGCAAUUUCUUCCCUACCAAAACUACAAUGAGAGAAGAACCACUCCCCAACCAACCGAACUAACAGUCUGUAUUCUUAAUGAGACCUUGUUUAGUGAAGAAACCGUUGAAACAAGCAUCAAAUAAAUUCCUAUCUCCACUUCUUAUCAGAUAGGUAAAAUCCCCUCACACGUACUGAAACAGAUAGGUAGAUAGAGAGAAACGAAUAGAAUAUGUUUAUAAAUAAAUAAAAAAUUUUAUUGAAAAACCCCUGAGGGUCUCGUCAUAGCAAGUAAAUAUAGAUUAUCAAUCGAAUUUUAGAGUAAGUAGACAGAUUCUGUACAUUAUUCAGUUUUCGGUUGCAGAAUAAACAGUCACAUAUAAAAACGGUCAGCGAGCAGUGCGACAACCUCCUUAUACAAAAAACUAGAUGAGUAUGAAUUUAAGGAGAAAAUCUGAUGCUCAAGAAAGGGAAAAUAUGCGGGUCGAAUUGGGCUGGCCUGAAUAUGGUAUUUUAUAAGAUAUUCAAAGCGUAAAUCGUCACAGCAGAUCUUCCCGAACCGAAGGAGGUUGUUCGCCUCGAUUUCCGUUGAAAUGAUCAACGGUCCAGGACUUUGUCAUCAAAUCAACCCUUUUGUGCUGAACCGUUCGGAACCCUCAAAUCCGAGAUUAGUUGAAAUUUGGUUAUAAUUGUAAUAUUUGGUCGAUUUCUGCGUCAAUUUUCGACCGAUUUUUAUUAGCUGUCGAAAAUAAUAUAAAUCACUAUACACUCCCUCCAAUUAACCAUGACCGAUGUUAAGUUUGAGGCCGACCAAGUAGAUGUUUCGGCCAUCGUGUGUUUCCAGCAGUUUAUCGAGAAACAUGAACACAUUUUUACGAUUCUCGACUCACUAACAAACUCAAAUCCAUUCACGAACAGCCUAAUGAGCCUACCACAAAUAGAAUCGAGCACACAUUUAGUUUCAUCAGAAGUCGGGAUAAAUCAAAACGCAGACUCAAUUUAAUUAUCCGCAAUAUACUCCACACGGUUAACCCAACACCAUAAAUUCAAAAACUUAUACAUUCGUGUGGCCUAAACAUCCGCAUAGUUACCACCACAAGACUUCACUCUAGAAGCAAAAAUAAACCCGUCUUAGUAACCUUCUACUCACAGACCGAAGCUGAACAUGUCCUAAAAAACCCUAAAUUAAAGAGAAAUCUGCGGAACCUAAACUGAUUUAUAUGUCCAGAUUUGACAACGAUGGAAAGACGAAAACUUAGGGAAAAGAGACACUAGCAACAAACACGAUAAUCUGCACACCGGUCCUUCAAAUGAACCACUAGCUACUACUUCUAUUUCUGGCACUAAUAAAAGGAAAUACACAGACCAGCGUAAACAAAACGAUAAAUCCACAGCCCCUGUAGAAGGACCUCCAGCAAGUACGUCUGACUCUAGUUCUCAUGCAAAAAACGCCUAACGGUGAAAGCAGUCAGGACUGCUGGGCAGAAACAAACGAGGGAGGCACAACAAAACAACAACGGAAGACAAAGAUGCGUUCACUGGAACAAGAACUUUAUUGGCCUGACGUUCCGGAUUCUCAUUCGAAUCCAUCAUCAAAGACAUUCGCAGGUAAAGAUCAACGUUCGGUUGGAACAGAACGAUGACGCAGAUCCCGGACCCAGUCACGUAAACGUUUGUGUUGAAACACUUAAUGCCGAUUUACUACGCUUAAGCGGAUGGGGUUCAACAUAGCGGAUGGAGUUUUCAUCAUCCAAGUGUAGUUUCAUGUCUUUUGGUCCUGCCAAACUUCCUGGUCCCAUAAUUUUUCAGAAUAAACCACUCUCAGAAUGCUUCACCAUAAAGGACCUAGGUCCAAGUUAUACAAAUAAACUUGCUUUAUCACCUCAUGCAGAUAGAACCUCUGCCAAAGCCGCGCAGAUAUGUGGAUUCAUAUCGCAUAUUUCCCCUCCGCAAGCGAAGAUAAGUCUUUAUCAAAUGUUUGCUCCUCCAGUCCUCGAAUACUGCUGCCCUUUCUUUGGUUUAACGAACGCCUGUGACCGCUAUAAGAUCGAAAAUGUGCAGAGGGUUUUCCCCCGGAAACUGUUUACUCAAGCUUCGUUCGGUAUUUCUUAUACUCAGAGAUGUCAGCUGUAGAAAAUUAAGUUUUUGUGGUUUAGAAGACUCAAAGUUGGCCUUUGCUUCCUUCUUCGCACCAUCUCUAGCUCCAAUCCUCCGCUUUUUGACACUCUCACUCCGAAACAUCGGUCUUAUUCCACGCGCAACUUCUCCAUGGUGAUUCCGUCGCCUAUCUGCACUACAUCUAAGCGCUUCCUCUUCUUUGCUUCCAAAUAUGCUUUGCAUUGGAGUAAUCUUCCGCCAGAAAUUAGGUCAUCGCCUAAGUUACUGGUAUUCAAGUCGAAAUUCCGCAAACAUCUUACACCGGAAUGCAUAAAGGCACUCUUAACGGUCUCAUUCCCGAACACUCAGCUUCUUGACUUCGAGAAGGGUCUUCACGGGAUUUAGUGGUAGAUUAAGUGGUAACUCUUAAUUCUAUCAUUAUAAAACCCUGUUUUGAAUUGGCUUCUAAAUCCACUGCUAUCACUCCUCCCCCAUAGCGAAAAUUUUCGCGGUUUUGGAUGUCAUUUCCCGCAUUCAUACCUCAUGCGGUCUGUCGACGCUCACGGCGGAACCCUCAGUAUUCGCCGUCUACUGGUAGUUGGUCGUACCGCCCUCCCCCACUCCUCGGCUGAACUCGAAGCGUACUUUAGCCGAUCACGUCUGGGUUCCACUCGUCUGGCCCCUUUGACGCGAAUAGUCUCAUCCGGCGUAUCAAUCCUGCCCUGAUGAUUUCAGUUCUGAAUCCCGUACACAAUACCACAUGCUGACCAGUCCUGUCCGACCCGCAAACGUACCCCUCAAGGCUGACACUUAUUUCUGCCCUGACGAUGUCCGAGUAUAAUCCGUUAUAUACCGCCACAUGCAGGCCAGUCCUGCCCGCGUUCAUCUGUUAUUAUUAUUAACGAGGUUUUUACUCCUGUAAAAUUAAUCCAGUCAUUUUUAAAUUUUUAAGUGGAGUUUUUCUCAUCGCUCGCUCAUCAUUUUUCUUAACGGACUAUAAAUUCACUUUAAACAGAUUCUGCCUACCUCGUCUAAAAUUCCAUGUAAAUUUAUUUUUACUUGCUUUGAUGGGACCCCGAUGGGUCUAUGAUCAAAAAUUAUUAUUAUUAGAAGGACCAACAAAAUUUAUAGGGGUUAAAGUUCCCUUCUAGACACAACCCAUCCAGCGAAACUGAACCUCCCUCCUUUGAGCUAUAGGCAAAUGGACCGGGAGAUCCCAGAAGCAUUCCGAAUUGUGAAGGGCUCUGAAUGCAGCAUAGCAUUUUGGAUUUGGCACCUCAACUAACUGUAGUGGCCAAGCGGUGAUGGUGUACGUUCAGUACGCCACAACUUCAGGCCAUAUCCCAAGUUGUUAGAAGCGGGACGCCAGUUGAAGAGGAAAGUGAUUUAUUUGUUCUGCACAGAAUACUGAAGGGAAGUUGGCAACCGGACGAGGAUGCGUCCGGCGCCGCGCAGGCGGCGUCCGCAAGAGCGACGAGCCGUGUGUCGCCGAAGGUCGCCGCUGCAAAAGUGUCGUGGCAAAUUGUUUACGCUAGUGUUCUGGGCUGUUUCCGCCUGUCUUACCAAUCAGCGAUAGUUGGUGCAUAGAUUGGCUUCAAGCCCACGCGAGGGUUGUGAGAAGCCGCGCAUGGUGCAGGCAGAGUAUCGACCAGAUGCGUGGUGCAGGCAGUGGAUUGCAACGAGGCAAAUCGAAGCCGGGCAGACGUGCGUGCCGUAGCAGGCUGUCGCUAGGACGUAGGUGCAGGCGCUAGCAAGAGGCGCAACGUUGUCACUAUGGCUGUCCACUACAUAACCUCCGCGGUCUGUCAUUAAAUCUCCUCGUUCAACAGGCAGGGCAGGACUUGUAUAAUUUCCUCUUACUGUUAGGGUAGUCAAAUCAUGAUACAUCUCUGAAGAUAAUAAUAAUUGUCUUAAAUGCCGGUUUGCAGACAGUUUCACGCUACAGUUAAGGUACUCAAAGGCACGUGCCUAUUUCCCUCAAUAAAAUGAACUGGUCUGAUAUCUCACAAUCAUGCAUAUCUACGCUGAAUCGCGCUAUUGCAAAGUUAGGUCCCAAGAAAUGAGCAUUUCCCCACCGAAAUUCAUUAGAUUGUAAAUGAGUCCCGGUCAUUCGUAAUAGUGUCACGCCUUGGCUGCCAGCACCCACUAUGGCCCUACUUUCGACUGUUUACCACGUUUUUCUUGUUGCUACUGCUGUCUCUGACAAUGUCCGCUGCUCUAUUGUCGUCCCCCACUAACGAAAACUUUACACAUGCCUUUUAAAUCCACCGUUUGGUGCUGGGUUCGAGUUUUAAUCCGUGGAGCUUUUUUGUAGAAGUGACCCUAAAUUCCUCAAGCAGUUGAAUAAGGCCACCGUGUUUUUGCUAUUAAGCAUAUAGGGCCUGGUAUGCUGCGACUGAAUCGCGCUCCCGCGCAGCGGCCGUAGCCGCCUAGAAUAUUGCAGAUUCGGCUGCCAAACAUGUUCGCAAUCGUCGAUCCACGCCCAUACUUAUUGACCUGGUCAAUGUAGUGUUCUAAAUGUCAUACAACUACGAAUUACACAGAAAAAGGAUUUAGUUUGACAUGACUUUUAUCACCAUAACUGUGUGUAGUUGAAUAAAACACAACAAAAAAAUAACUGUAGGAAAAUAUGGUACCCGUAAAGGAGAUCCGUUUGAAGACUGAAACGCUCAAUCAUUGGUAGACGACGCCGUAAUAAGUUGGAAGGAGAAAAUGCGAUCAUUUGAACAAAAAGUUCAUUGGUCUGACGUUUCGGGUUCUCAUUCGAACCCAUAAUCAGAUAUGAUUGCAGAUAAAGGCAGUGGAGGCACAAAAACUGCAGUAUUUAUAAUACGUAGUUGCCGUGGGUCUAUAUAAAUGCUAUAAUUAGCAGCUCUCGUGAUCGCCGUUGGUGAUCGUAAUUAUAGCAAUAAUGGUUUGUCAGUUCGCGUCCGAAUCGUAAAUUGUCACAAUUUCAUCAUCCGUGUUGGACGUCAACGUGGUGGUUGCUCGGAAAUCUGGCCCGCUGUCACCGUUUAGCUGAUCUCUCGCGCCCUCCCCACAUGAUUUAUUCCCCUACUCGGGGAAUGUCUCAGCACUGAAUAUGGUACCGCGAGGUCAUUGCGCUUGUCGACGGAUUGCGGACCUGAUGACCAUGAUUCGAGCAGCUCGCGACUCACGUGUUUGUCAGUUCUUGCAAGGAUUUCGGCGGCUUGAAACUCGAAAAUAUGGCCAGGUUCCGGGGAAUGAGCUGCUACCUGAAAACUAGCGUCUUUCCCCCCUGACCUCUGCAGCGUGCUUCGCCAUGCGCGUCCGGAGUAAUCUCCCAGUUUCUCCGACGUAGUUGCUCUGUCCGCGACUGCACCAAAUCCGGUAAACGAUUCCGGACGUUGCCUGCCGUGGCAGUGGGUCUUUCGGCCACAUGACUUGACGCCUGAUAGAUGCUUCCGACCUGUGUGUAAUCCCACCUACAAGUGGAAUGAGAAGGCGGCUGACGGCUUCCGGUGCGCUCCCCAAGUACGGGCUCCAGCGGCGAUCGCGAGAUCUGUUGAUUAGAGGGCGCAUGAGACUUCAAGGUAUUUAAGUACUAUAUAUACUGCAGUUCUUGUGCCUCCGCUACCCUUCCAUGCAACCGUCUCUGCUGAUGGUUUCGGGUGAGAACCCAAAACGUCAGGUCAGUAAACUUCCUGUUCCGGUAAUCACAUCUUCUUCCCCUUCGUCCUCUCCUUCUUCUGAGCUGCUUCCUGGGACUCGCUCGUCGCUUCUAUUGGCGGUAAUGACUGUAGUCUUGCGAGCAAAUUUGUGGAAGAGGCCCCGGAGGGUCGAAUCGAAGAUUACGAAGUGCACAGAGAGGUGGAUAUCGCGAAACAGCCCAUACGUAAGAGAUGAAAAAACCGGAUACCGGCUAUUGAAGAUGACUCGCAGGGCCACCCUGAGCCCAUGUAAUUUUAAACUGGGCAUGAGAGCCUUAGUUUGUUAAAAUAGUCAGUGCUUCACUCAGGUUUAAACGUCAGGCCCGAUAAAUUAUUACUCAUCAUAUCAAAACAAUUGUCCUGAAUAGUUUUGUACCACACAGGAGUGACAAUUAUAGUCAGAUAACCCUGUUGUCGACUGCGAGUGUGAGCAUCGAUUGUUUAUUUUCGCGGUUAUACUUAUCUCGUAGACAAAUCCCCGCGCAUGUCGAAGUUCGUCAAAAAAUGUAAGUAAGGGGUGCGCUCUGGAUGUCUUGUUAUUUUUUUAAUCCGCUUACUUAUUAGUUGGGGCAACUUCACACAUCGUUUUUUCCUCGAAAUUACUAGACUUGCAUUCGUCGUCUACACUGUUCACAUAUGUGCGUCUGUCUUCUUUUGCUGCCGUUCUGCCUUAAGCUGUUUUAGAGUUGUCGUAAAGCGUGAUAUUCAGUUAUUUUUUUCGAGUGUUUUGGCUUACUCAGAGCGCAGUUGAUAAGGGAUUUUGUCACUGGUUCUCUUGUUAUUUGUCAUAAGUCGUGCAGUGGCGCCAACAGUACGGUCAUCUUUAAAGGCUCCAAAGUUCACUCAGCUGGACUUUCGUGCGAAAUUACUGACUGGAGAACUUAGAGUAAUACUCAGUGGCCCCUUUAUGCGACCUUUAUACAAACCUCACGCAUGCGAGUUCCGAACCGCCCUUCUGAGGACCUGGUACUUGCUCUGAGUACCAUGUGUGCGGCACACGUAAUCGGACUGUCCUGCCUUGUUAGCUGCUGUAUCUGAGUCCGCCUCCGGUCAUCCUCACAUUGUCUUACCAGAUGGAUGAGGGAUCAGAGAGUGUAAAGUGCAGACUAACCACAUGCAAUUCAUAGUGCUGCGCCCACUGCGUUGGGCAUUCGGUAGAUGUCGUUCGCGACGGUCGCUCAUCAUCAAGUUUUCCUUUCCCAAUAUGACCAAUGACUUACUAAUAUGGUGAUUGGUCAUCGUUGUCAUCAUUAUCGUAAUGGAACAACUACCAUUUAUACAGUCAACACCCUCAUCAUCAGUGGCAUUUCGCGGGCUUAAAAAGAACCGCCGCUGCUCGGGGCGCACUGGCAUCCUGCGCGUGGACCAGGAACUAGUAAGGGGAACGGGCGCACCAUCAGCCUUAUGUUUUUCGUAUUUCCUCCACUAGAUGGACGUGCCAGCAAACCUUGCACCGCCGCAUUGCGUGUGCGACGGGCUCGGUCUCCACAUUAAUUAAACCAACAGUAACGCUCGAAUAUCCUUAUUUUCAGUACUUGCUAUUGAGGACACAUUGAAGAGUCGUCACGGCUCACAAGUAUUAAUCGAUUGUCUAGAUAGUAAUUUUCAGUACCACGAAUUCUAAGGCACAGUUUACAUCUGGAUGCACGUUAGUUGAAUGCUGCCUGGAAGGCCCACUCCGUGCAUCUGUGGUAUUCAAGACUGGCAAUUAGGCGCGAUGGCAGACCAUGUAUUUCGUUCUCUCGCGCACUACACACAGACUAAUUUCACUCAGAAACGGGAGAAAACACUUAGAGAGCCCACCCUGUCACAGAAUACAAGUCUCGUUUAAGGUUUGAUGCCACAGCGCGACCCAUGCUAGUGCCAAAAUCACAAACUUUGGCACUACCGUCAACAAAACCAGCACCACAAGGUACAUUAUCAUCACCAUGCAAAUAAUAUUAAUAAUCGUAGCUCCGACUAGUUGACUUGUAAUCUACCGUACUCAUUUUAUGAGCCGCCCACUGCACGUCGUUCACACCAUUGUUGUAUUGUCUAAACCGAAAGCCUUUGCAUAUCCAAAAUCUGGGUAUUUUGUUCUCCCUUUUUUUUCCCAGAAAAUUUCGCCACCAGUCUUAUGGGCGCCUUUUUGGAUAAGCCGGAGACCAAGAAACUCACGGCUUCCGGCAAAGGGAAUGGCAUUUCCUACGGUAUGAGUAGUAUGCAGGGGUGGCGUGUGGAGAUGGAGGACGCACACGUCGCCGUUUUGGAACUUCCUGGCGCCCUUUCGACGUGGUCCUUCUUUGGCGUAUUUGAUGGGCAUGCUGGUGCUCAAGUUUCCAGUCAUUGCGCAUCGAAUCUACUUAGACAUAUUUUGGACACCCCAGUCUUCAAGGAUAUGGUCGCCUCAUCUGAGAAGCAGCACUCCAUUGACGAGAUAAAAGCAGCGAUUGUUGAAGGUUUUUUGGCGUUUGACGCAUCUCUACUGCACGACAACCCCUCCGAAAAAUCAGGCUCUACUGCUGUAGUUGCCUUUGUAACACCCAAACACAUAUACUUUGCCAACUGCGGGGAUUCUAGGGGUAUUCUUCUACGAAAUUCUUCGCCCUCCUUUGCCACCGAAGACCACAAACCCUCAUCUCCAGGCGAACGACGGCGGAUUAACAACGCCGGAGGGCACGUCAUUCUCUCCCGCGUCAACGGAUCGUUGGCUGUAUCGCGGUACGUAAUUGCAUUACACCCAAAUUGUUAGUAGAAGUUCUUCACCUGAAAGCUCUGAUUCACAGUCCGGUGCUGAUGCAUGCAAAUCAAAGCUAAAAUCUGCCAAACACUAGUUAAACGUUUACCGAAGGCUUGCAAAUGUGCCUGCCUCCUCAAGUCUUUCUGACUGUCCACCGUCGUGAUUUUAUCCUUUUUGCCAAUUCGUGGUACGGCACAUCUGCAUUAAUUAUAGACCAAUUCACAUCAAACUUUACACACACUUGACAUUGCUGAGGUUUUAAGGCUCGUGCGACUAAUGAGUGAUCUUCAGUACACAUUAGGAGAACGCUGUGCAUUCGGGUUGGAUGGCGAUAGCUAAAAGUGGCUCAUCUAGACAAGAUCAUGCUCGCUUAUCGCACCGAUCUUCGGCCCCUUUAGGUGUUUCCCAACGUCUGCACGGUUCAAUCAGAACGGGUCCCUGAAGAGAUUUUUGUUUUGGUUAUCCGUGUAUAGUCAUUAGUGUCUGGUUGGAGUUUUUUCAACUGAAAUCAAACUCACAUGAAAAUCACGUUCACCAAUCCAAUCUGGCUUCAGGGUGAAAUAUGGGCAUUAAUUUCGCCAUAGGUUCGCCGGAUAUCGAGUUCUCACAAGAGUCGCAUAACGAUGGACAAUCAGCGAUCGAGAAGUGUUAUCCGCAAAUGAAGGGAGACUGCAAUAGCCAUUCCUGGCUUAUUUGCCGCCUUCACUCAGCCAUGCUCAUCCCCAAACUAGUUGAACUUUAAUUUUGGACUAUAGCCCAGUCUAUCGAUAGGUGACAAUGAAGCGCCCGUAAUCUGUACUACAGCCGGUAUUUAAAGAGCUGCUUCACGCUAACCAAUUGUUCAACUCCAGUUUCCAUCCAUAUUCAUACUGAUGAAUUAUGUCGCUACCGACAACCAUCCAACUUGCAUAAACCCAGUUGACGCCUUCGUUUAGUAAAAGGGUAAGAUCGUUGCGUUCGCAGGUACAUUCGUUCUUGAGGAACUUAUGCGAAUGAAGCAUGCGUUACAGUUAGCCUCGUGAAAAAGGUUAUUUAGCAGUUUAUAUCUUGUAGAGAACGAUAAAACAUCCAUGCUUUCUCUGUCGUACUUUCUGCAGCUAGGUACGCACAAUAUCUUCCGCAUGUGAUCUUUUAGACUCGAUCGUCGUGCUGUUUAGUGGAUCCGUACCACCGAUUCUUUUCUCACGAAGUCUCGUAUUGCAUUAUUGUAACGCAGACUAGCCAAAAAAUCUUGCUUUACUUCGGUUGUGUUAGUUGCAGCUGAACCCUCUCACGGCAGAGGAUGUCACAGAAUGAUUGUUGACUUAGAACAUGGGCUUUGGUCUUGAACCGCUGUCUCUGUUUUUAAUCCCCCUAGCUUGCUAUUUUGUAUCUUACGCGUUCUUUUCCGAAAUUCGGACUAGCUACUUCCCUCUUGUGUCUAAAUUAAGCGGAAUUCGAAGGCUUGACUGUGUCUUCUCAUUAGAUUCUCGCCAUUUCCCCGGUCACUUGUCUUUGUGCUUCCGUAAUAAUCCAUCCCUGUCGUACAUGUUCGUCUGCGCAGUUGCACUGAAGUGGCUCCGUCCGUGAAAUGACCAAAAUAACCAGAGGGGAGUCCGAUGCUGCGUAAAUUUUUCAUGCAAUGAUUUAUUUCACAUGGGAGCUACUUAGGCGUUAAAAGCGUGCUUUGAUCUUCUAAGUGUGGAGAAUCUGUGAGGGGUUGUCUGACCACUAAUUUACGCGGUGGUGUACCUGCAAGGUGGGUUUUGUGAUGCUCGGUUUAGAUGGGGCCGAAGCACGUGUGCUAUAUGCGUAAGACGGAGUUUUAUGCCACGUCAGCCACCACUCCCUACAUGACUCUCGGUAGUACACGAUGACAAAGGGUGGAGGGGAGUUUGCUCAUCCUGCGCGAUUGUUACCCUCCGUAAUAAAUCUGACUGGCACUGAAACCAUCAGAAUACGCUUAAGAUCUCGGCUUGAACUAUUGCUAACUGACAGUUAACUACAUUUCAACGGUUGGUCGGGUCGCAACGGAUGCUUGAUGAGGUUUUUGUGACAACGUGCAUCUAAAAGAGAUCCGGGUUAUUGCAGGCUGGUCGUACGGAACAAGAGACCAACGCAUGCGACACGCGUGGGUGGGACGCUAUGUCGGACAGAUCACCACAUCCAGACCCAAAUCUUGUUGAAUUGAUCAUGUUUUGCCAUGAGAAAUUAUGUUUAUCUGAAGAACGAACAAAGUAGGUACUGCAUGUCCUCAUCACCGUGAUUCAAAUCUCCCACAUGUCACUGCGGCUCUUUCAAGAUUCGUCGUGCUCGUCACUUGCGACAGAUGGGCUGUUAUCUUAGUAGAUAUGAUGCGUCUUUGGGUUAUCAAGACUCCCCGAACGUGUUGGCUUACAAAGCUGGCAUCCGACAGGACCACCUGCUUCUAGUGACUAAAGGUCAAAUCUGAAUGACUUCUUGGUAUGGUCUUAAUGGACACAUAUGGGAUCCGAGUUAAUGAAGUCUGGUUCACGUUUGUUGUGGUUUCAGCACAUGUGUAUGUGGGGCGAAUGCCUUGGCCAGCCGCUGCCAUUGAAAUAUGAUGCCUGUGAGGACGAGGGAAUGAGGUCCAUGCAGCCAGUCUCUAUUGCAAUAAUCUAAAUUGCGUGGAAACCACCGCUUCGAACCGAGACAACGAUGAUACGUGUUCUCUACGAGCAAACUAAUUGUCAAAACAUCUCGCAUCUUUCUCAACCUAAACGAUAGUAAGGGUGUUUUAAAUUUAAGUUUUGAAAGACAAACCGACCCCGAAUAAAAUAUGGGGCUUCGCGUCCCUCUACUUGAAGUUUCUGUGGCAACCAUCUUAUAUAGCCUUGGUAUUGAGGACACUGUACCUUGAGACUACUUAAGCCAACGUCCUACUCAAGAGCAUUGUGAGAGAGGCAAGUGGGUGCAAAUAACUACGAUGCUUCGUUGAUUGUCAUAUAGAAGUAAGCAGUAAGUGGUAAUUCUUUAACACGCAGCGCGACUACCUUGCUUAAAAUAGCUUUGCAAUAUUAGCCAAUUCGAAAUAACGUCAAGCGUGUUUUCGGAGACUUCAUCUUGGCUAAUGUUGCGAGUUAUUUCGCCCCUAAUAACUUAGUCAACUCAGUCGCGUGUUAGCUUUUUAUCUACGAAAACUGUCUACAAAGCAGUUUCGCUGGACUCUCCAUGUCAGUAAAAAUAUGAUCACGGACACUAUAGCUUUAAUGCCCUGACGUUUCAAAAACAGGCAAACCUCCAUCGUCGGGCACCGUUCAUGUUGGCGUGUCUUUGCCUCCAGGGCUGUCAAUGUGGGUCGGGCUGCUGAAGGGUGUUGUCUUUGUUGUGGCACCAAUCUGGGAGGUCGCGGCACUCUGCAUACUGUAAAGCGCAGUACUAAAUUCUCCAACGGCGGAACAUAAUUACCGGCUCAUCUGAUGUAGUCGAUCAACUGUGACCGAAACUCCAGGCUUAAAACAUUGGAUGCCUAAGUCAAGAAUCAAUCGUAAUGGUGUGGGCUAAGUUCUACUGCUCGAAGUACCCACGCCACAGUCUCUACUUAGAAGUACCCACGUUAUAUGGGAGCGGAGCUUUAUGAUAGCUGGUUGCAAGACGGAGGAUAGUACCGGCUUAGUUUCGCUCCAGUCAAAACUAUGGCCUGCACACGUGGUUCUAUGCCGGUGAGCAUUGUAACAGGACGGAAUAUGCCGUCAAUCUUGUUUUCCUCGUCGUAGGCAAAGUGUACUCGGGGCCGCUGAUUUAACCCUAUUCGGUUGCCUUUCUAUACUUUUUUGCAAACAUUUUCCGAAUUCAUGCCCCUUUUCCAAGAGUUCUUUUUUGCAGUUCACCCUGUCCUCGUGCCCAUUACCACAGUGGUUUGCGUUCUUGUCAACAUGAGACACAGAUUUGACGCCAGACGCUGGCACAGUUGGGGAAAUUUAAAAGUGAAAAGCUCCUUAGACGACCCUAACAUUCAGGAAAACCGUUCACAAACCAAAUUUUUCUAGGUUUGGGGACACAUCCUGGCCUGAAAACGUUGGAGGCAAGUUCAUAGGGAUCAGUUGGUUUUAUGUCUGGCGGGACAUGAGUUCAGGAUCUCGGGAGUAAUAGGCUAAUUUUCUACCUGCACAUCACUUGAAUUUAUGACUAACGGACUUCUCAGGCGGGUCACUCACACGUUUGGUGUUAGCACGUAAGCUGCCUAAGAGCUAGGUUUUCCUACAUUCGCUAGCCAGGCUUGUGUUGACCAUAUCCAUCGUCUCGUUCCUUUUCCAGAGCUCUAGGUGAUUUCGAUUACAAGCAAGUAAAGGGCACACCGCCUUCGGACCAACUCGUCUCCCCAGAACCUGACGUCACCUGCCUUGAGCGGAUGCCCGAAGCUGAUCAAAUCCUCUGCCUAGCCUGUGACGGCAUCUGGGAUGUGUACAGUAACGAGGAGUUGUGCGACUACGUGCUGCACCGCCUAAAGUGUUCCUCUUCCCUCACACAUGUGUGCAAUGAAGUGCUUGACACAAGCCUUUUCAAAGUAAGCCCCCCUUGUCUCUAUCUGCUCAUAGAAUUUCCGUAAAUUUUUAUCCUUGAUCCCGCUGAGUUGAUUGACCUUGCACUGCUGAUCCUAAGAUGUCCUUUUCUCCCCCUUGUCUGUCAUCACACCAACGGAGUAAACAUAUGAGAAACUUGAUUGAGGUCCGGCCACUCGGAAAAGCACUCAAGUGUACUCCUGCUUGCCCCUAUGCGUUGUUUUAUUACUUAUUCCACUAUACCUUCUGAUAAUCUGUCUAAAAUGUAAUGUUCCAAGGCAUGAACGGAUAGUUCAUUUCCAGUCGCGAUAUCCAUGGCCCAUUGAGGUCGGAGGUAAAACCCCGAUAAUUGAUAUUCAACUGAUGACGAGGAGACAGAACCCUUGAGCUUAGCUGCGACGUGGCUGCUAUGUCAACACAUUUUCGAUAUCACAAAACCCAUCCCAUAGUUUGGAUCAAUGUGAGCCGAUCCGGCGGAUUCGCAGUCGUUAACAGCGUAUCAGUGGUACCACAGGUCGACUAUCUCUACGAUGGCCGGGCAAGUAUAUGGCAAUGUAACGUGACAAAAGUUGCCUGUAUGCAGCCACCGCCUUAUUGGGGAUUUCGGCAUUGGCACCGACUUUCCAUGAUUAUUUAUAGCACAGCGACCUUAACUGUUUUUGAACGUGGUGGCAGGCGCAUCCGAGUGCACUCUAGUGGGUCGAUUGCCAGAGAAGCAAACUUACGUCUUUAAAAGAUGCAAGAAAGCUCGGUCUCCUGUUGCAACUUGGACGCCGUCCAAUACUCUGACGCACGAUUCUUAAUCUUGUGUCUUCCUAAACGCGGUUGUUGAUACUGCUCGUUUAUUGAAAGUAUAACUCUAAGUCAGACAUAGUAGCAGUCAGAGUUUUUAGGUGUUACAUCGUCUCGAAACUCCGCCUCCUGCUGUUCUUGUACUGCUUUAAAACCAGACUGCGUGGAUGCGCCGACUAGAUAUUCACGCUGAGACGCAUUCCAGAAUCCCACCAUGACUACCAGAAACCGACGACCCUCUGUUUCGUUGACUUCGCCGCUGCGUUCGAUUCCGUCCAUUAUAAAUCCUUCCGGUGAAUAAUGGAACUAGAUACUGUGCCAGAGAAAAUAACCGCCGUGAUCAAGUCCUACUGUCGCCUCACCACUGUGCGGGUUCUGGUCCUCAAGGAUCCAUUCCAACCGUCCGACAUCUGAUCUGGCUUUCGACAAGGUGGCGUCCUGUUGUCUAUUUUGUUUAACUACGCCAUUGACUGGAGUCUCAGAAGGCCCCUACAUUGUUUUGACGGUGUGAAACUCCCACCUGGACGCCGGCUACUCGCGAUGUCGCCCUGAUACCCCCAAGCUUUGGUGAUAUACAGCCUGCGGCGCAAGGGUUAAUGCGUCCCUUCUUUGGUCGGUUUAUCUAUAAACGCCGGGAAAACCAAAUUGUUUUCGUGUUGCGUCCUUGAGUAGGAGAAGACACCCUUUGGAAUUAAUAGCCGCCAACUUGAAGAAGUUGACAGUUUCAAAUACCUCGGAACGAGGCUGCCGCUCAGUGGACAGUAAGGACGACAUUGUCUACCGAGUCAAUGUGGCUCGCUGAGUUUUCUCAACCCUUAAGAAAUGCCCAUGGACCUAACGCGACAUCUCCACCGUCAAAAAACUCUGCGUGUAACGUGCAUGUGUUCGGUCAGUCUUCCCCUGUGGUUGUGAGUGUUGGGCUUUGCGCGGGAAAGAUGGGGGAAGACUGAAGGUAUUUGACUACCACUAUCUGUGGACCAUUCUUCGAGUAAAGUACAUCGACUUCGUCUCAAAGGAAAGGUUCUGCACUCGCUGCAACAGUACCACGAGGAUACCUCAGGCCACCCAAGGAGGAUGACUGAAGUUGUUUAGACACGGUAUCACGGGCUCAGUUAUACUGUCCUCGAUUCGGCGCAGUUGCCCACCUGGAGGUGUCGAGGAGGAGUUCAACUCACGACUCGGCUCAACACAGUUCUCCAAGACAUCGAAGUGGUUCUUGGACCCUCGAUAUUUGGUCACCGUCGCUGGAGAAGAUGAGUCAAGCUGUCCAGAUCUGCUGCCGUAGAUUGUCACACAGGGGGAGGUAAAAUACGUGAUAUCAUAGAGACCAGCUAGGUCAGGCGUAACCACAGCUGCACCAAGUGCAAGUACAGAGUGCGUCGAUAGCAUGACAACUCGGCGUACUGUUUAUAGUUAAACAGGAUUACUGAGUGCACCUCGCUCUGUCCCACCCAUUGCGUCCCGAUGGCAAAACGAAGUCAAGACGGCCAGAGGUGAGCGGGGGUGCAGUGACCGAAAGACUCAAGCAGCCCAUCUACGCGACCUACACGGGCCACUACAUGAGCACUCGGCUUCAUUCAGGGUGUCUCAGUUCUUGCCCAAGUUAAGAUAUUACAGAAGUCUCAUUAAGAGUUAAUAACUACAGCCUGACCAAGUAGUUCCAUCAGUUGGCAGCCUUCUAAACCAAGACUGAUAACUCGUCGCAAUAGCUCCAAAGCACAUUUGACCGUUUAUAAUGAGGAUUUAGCGCUAGAUCCCGACUGAGUCAACCUCGCUCUCCCCUCUAUCAUUCCAAUAACUUGUCUGAGUCGGUCUGACGGGGGAUAAACCUGAGCGUCAUGAUAGACGACGUAAAGUCACCGUCAAACGCAAACCUCGCUCGGACUUGGAGCUCAGAAAUUAAAAGUGCCAUAUAGGCCCUAAUUAAGAGUCAGCUUUCCAGGCUACAACAUUCAGUGCGUUUUAAUAGGCUCAAGCACGCCAAAUUCGUCAUAACCAUCGGUAGUAUGUGUAACACGGGUGACCAAUUUAUUGGUUUUGCUAAGAUUAAUCAAUAAUUUUUGUCUGGCUGCCGGGCGACAUGAUUGUUUGGUUUCCGAACAAGUUACAAAUGGCUGUUUUAGAAAAACUUAAGAAGAACGUUUCUCGGCGUUACUUAGCGGACGUAGCUCCUCCACACGUGGAGACGGUCCCCAGAUGCUCAAGUUUGCGCCUGGCAGAUUUUUAUGCAGCAAAAAAGCCCUAUUGGUAUGACGAUAUACACUGCCUUAAUUUGCAAGGGUUGCCCUACGACUACCCACACUUGCUGCAUAAGUGAUGGUCCCUCUGUUGGCACCAGCCUAACUUCCCUCGCUUUGACAUCCUAUCGGUGAAAGGUGCUUUAAGUUGACAUUGACUUUGCUGCGCUUGAGGAUGCUUUUUGGCCACCUCGGCUGAAAAACCCAUAAUACAAGUCAAUGAAGUUUGGUAUUGCCUGUGCAGGGGCCAUGUCAUCGUUUGACCAUCCGACGUCCGUUUUCACUGGAGACCAGCCACGUUCGUGUAGGCUCAAACUGAUAGGGUGUCCACCAAACAUUCGAAAAUGUUCUCCGGUCAUCAGAGGGGCGUCACGCCUGGCUUAUUGACUGCGAAUCCGGUUUCCCAUAAGGUUCUCGGCUAUUUGUGCUCAGCAGGGAACCCUCCGCGUGUGGCGUUAAUCUAGGUGGAUGCUGCUGUUGUCAUUGCGUGAGAAGUUGCACCCUACGACGCCACUGGCCCCCUCGGUGUGUCCAAGCCAAACCCGCGUACUAUAGCUUUUCGACCGUUCAGCAGUCCGCUGGACUGCGGUUGCGUGAGGUGUCUUGGCGAAAGCAUGAUUUCCUAUGAUUCCUUUAUUCGAACUUGGACGUCUCCAUCCGCCCCUUUAGCACACCAGUCUAGGUUUUCAAAAUUAUACUGGUCGGUGGGCGAAGCCCUAUUCGGUGGCAGGCAAACUUCGCUAUGCCCUUAUACGGUCAUACCUUGUGACUUAUUUCUGGGUGACUAAUAUAUGAGGUCGGCGUUUAUUCAUCAGACGAGUCUUUAUCUCGUUGCUAAUCUUCGCUGAAGACCGUUUUGACAUUCGCGACCUGUGAACGUCAGGUGGGCCGCAGCUAGACUAACAGAGCUCUAAUCUCCACGAGGUUCCCAUCGUCCCACUGCACUCGGUUUCAUAAAUGGCGCAUUCGUCCAAAUUUAUUGUAAUAAUUAGGUGUUUUCCGUCGUGAUUUUGCGCAUUUACUGUCCUUAGGCUCUAGUGUUUCCCUCAGUACAAAAACAAUGGCCAAAACCCUACUGUUAAUCUCACCUUGUAUCAGCCCUGUAGUGGUCCAGGUGUCCUUUGUAAUGCACUCUCUGGGAUCACGCGUGGAUGUUGCGCGUUGGCUAAUAAGGAUGUUCCACAUGCAUUGGCAGUUGCGAAGUGAGAAAUAUAUCAUACGAAAUGUGACCGUUUCUGUCGACCUCUAAAAGUACACGCACCUGACUGAUGGGUGUGAGCUGUACAACACUACACUUUGGCGUUUUCACUGCGCAUGCAGUAGAGUGUGGAUGGCAGCAUGAAUGGCCAACGCCAUUUAUAGCUAUCGACCCUAUUUCGAAGGGGUGAUCCAAAAUAGCACUCCGAGGGUGCCAGCGUGUGGUAGCUGCCAGCUGCGGGCUUACAGGAACUUCUCUUUUCACAGUAACUCUGGCUGCUAACAUUACACCCGUUGCCACUACUUAGUGAAUGCGCUCUGCCCAACUGGAGUUCGGAACCGGUUUGACCUUUACCACAGACCCAGAAAAGUAGGCGCAGUUCGCUCUGCUGGAUGCGCCCCAGCCACCGUUAGAAUAGUGCAAGCAUAAAAAGGGCGCAUACAAGUUAUGGCUGAUCAUGUGACCCUUGACAGCAGUUUGAUACAGAUUUACUGGUUAAGGCUAAUCCAGACCUCUCGCAUCGGAUUAGGGGCGCCUUAUGCGUUCGAAACCUAACCAGCACUAUCUACGGACGAGGGCUAGCUUGAAUUUGUUUGCAAGGCCCCUGCUAAUCUGCUUAUUAAGCACCAAAACAGUUUGAAAGUCGCAUGGGAGCAGGGUUCACCGGUGUAUCUGGAUUACAGGACAAAAUACGGACAAUUCUGUUUCGUCUUGGAGUUCCGGCCUAGAACAGAGCCCAUGUGGGCGAUCGCAUAAUGAUGAGCAAUCAGAGCUUGCGAGUUGUUUCCUACAAGGACAGACGGACAUAAUGGUUAUUUCUAGUUUAUAUGUCGUAGCUAUCCAUGCCUCCACUCGAGGCCGGGAAGACUGGAGAUUUGAAUCCUAAUUAGUUGAUCAUUGAGAAUCUGAGUUAGACUUUGAGCCUCCUAUGCAAACGACCCUGCUGUCCACGGUGGUAAAAUGUGUCUCUGCUUUCCGCUGUGGCUGCACGAGUGGUGUGAUACAACAGAAGUCUUAUAUUACCGCCUGUUAAGGCUGGAUAAACUGGAUUUUCGCACUAACUCAACGAAGGCUCUGUUGGCUCAGGUUGGAAACUGUCGGCCACAAACUUCUUAUUUUAUGAACUACGCAACUGCAGUCCUGCUCUCCUCAGCACUUAAGUGACUGCGCAAUUUCGCAAAACCCCAUAACAUAACGAGCGACAACUCGGCCCCAUUGACCGCUGUCAAAGUUUUAGCCGCUCUUAACUCCCCACCCUACCUUUUUGCAGCAAGCACUCUCGACUGGCCCUAGGCUGUGGUGGUUAUGCCACAUUCGUUUAUAAUACCAUUCAUUGUUGCAUCCUCAACCAUCUUACGUUGGUAUAUGUGUCAGUAUUAGGUUCCCUUAUAUGCCCUUUUUGGAUACUCCCCCGAUGUGAUGUCCAGGUGUGUGAGGUCUGUUUCUUGCCGGUCGGGGGAUCAGCACAUGUGCACUACGCCGGAGACACAGCUGAACUGUCUAUUCACCCACUGCGUCUCACCUCAUCUUACUACUGGCUUCGUUUUGGCAUUGGUAUGCAAUGAAGUUGGACAGAGCGAGAAUUCAGUGCCGCAAAAGUCUCUCUCACCGUAAUCAGUUUUGCGCGCCUUUGAGCCACUACGACGUCCCUGCAGUCAUGGUUUCCAAGCUCACCGACAAGGGGGAUCACUCGCUCGGUGGAGCUAGGAGUCACGUCCCAGUGGCCUCUUUCUGACGUAACCUCCUGGCAACUCUGACCGUUGGCAUCCAAACGUGCGAAACUCGACUUGUGCGUCGUAGCAGUGGGGACGGAGUCGAGCGUGGCAGACGUAGGCGUACUGUGGCUGCGUCAGUCACUUCGCUCGCACCCACCUCCCGUCGCCUUGGCAUUUCUUGCCAUCGAAGCGAGGUGUGGGUAAUGAGAGGAAGAGCGCGGCUGAUGCCGCACAAGCCAGCCUCACUACAAAGUAAUUCACGCGCACAUCACCGGUGCUGCGCCCAUUCUGUGGGGCACGCGGUGCACGUUGUCGCCUGCGACAGUCGAACUGCCCAGACCGAGACUCUGCCACGUUCAUAUCCUGUUUCCUUAGCCUUAUCCCGUCAUUAAAACGUCUGUAUGGGAUGUACGAAUGAGGUCCAUUCCGCGUAAUUUUCCAUUACUGCGAUUCAAUUGGGACAUAAUUUUCCACUGCUUCCUCCAGGAUAUUGGUGACUCUCACCGUGUUUGACGGAGGAACCAUCAUAUUCCAGCGUGGUUUAGUGUUCAACCCACACAUGCAGUGACUCGGUCGCUGAAUCAUCAAUAGGCGUCCUGGUGGUCUAAGUUCCAAGCAUCUUCGGAGCCUGCCGACGGCGAAUGGCGUCGCAGACUGGAAUGCCGAAGCUUUCUACAUCGCAAAUGAUUCCCAAAUUAGAGUUUUACUCAACUACCUUCCACAGUUUGGUACAUUUUUGCAUCCUCACAGGUCACAAAGUGUAGUUUUCGAUAAAUUACCGCCGAUUCUCGUGAAAGUGUGCACAUACCCAAGUCAACUUACCGCCGUCGCAUGGAUUUUCGCACACUAACAACCAUGUGAAUCUGCUGCGAGGCUGUGCGGCUGUGAUUCUCACCGGAGCGUUGAAUAUAACUGGGGGUUUCAGUGGCCGCACUCUGAACUGAUGGAAGGAGCAUGCACUUGCACAUACUCGGGCACAAACGCACCAUAGCUGCGGUCGUAACUUCAAGUACAGCUCUUAACCCCGGCGCGUUAUGGCCCCACCCCCUCACCAUAGUGCCGGGUAACGGUCGGAAGUUUAGGUCGUGUUUGUCGUUCACCCACCUUACGUUUAUGCAUGAAAGGUGUGGGACUUCUGUUCCACGCUAGUCUGUGUUAAAAGUCCACAUCAGUAAACAUUUUUGUUCGAAAAUCGAUAUCUUACGAAUCCCUGGGCAUUCCAGAUGUGAGACACUUAAUGGUCUUGGGAUGAGCAAAAUGUAUAUUCUUCAAAGUUCUGGUACUAAUUUCUUAUUUCAUAAAAUGUAUGCUGUUAAGAGGGAUGUUUUCUGUGAUUGACUUUGACACCUUGUCGCCGAGUUGUGGCCACCCAUCAUGAUUCCUACAAUCAAAGUCGAACCAUCAGCUUUGUACAAUAGCGUCCUCUUGUUGCCAUAAUAGAUUGCGAGACUGGGCUGGAAACCUUUUGACUCAUACCGUCAUUGGUGACCGCACAAGGAUUGUUCACGUCUAGAAAACAUUGGUGAGAUGAUUAUGGAGGGAGACUGACGGCCAAGAUAAGGGCAGAUCAGCAAGUGUAAUAGUUGUAAGAUGAUACAGAGCCCAUAUUGCGUUUCUGUGACAUCCCCCAGCGUUUCCUGCUGCCUUCCUUCCUGAAACACAGCUGUGCUAGCUUUUUCGUUUUCACCGCAUAUCCUCACCUGAUUCGCUCUCAUCUUUGACUUGAACAGACAGGAUCCGCCUCUUAGUAUGCCUAAAACGUCACCUAGCAAACAAAGAUCGUCUGACCGACCAAAUAAACACGAAAAACGUUGGCGGUUCGACCGUGCCGUGUUCUCAGACGCCUGUGGGCUAAAUCCGCCACAUUAUGUGUGUCUUCUGUCCCAAGAGAUUGUUGUUGUUAGAUGAGGAACUGCUCCACACGGUGCCACUGCUUCCAGCGGGAAGUCCAACCAGAACGUACGUACCAAAGUCCAGUCGAGCCAUGACUAACCAGGCAGCGUUUAAGCGAGGUGGCUUGGUGGAGGAAUGGUUUCCUGUAAUUCUUGAGCUCGAAGUCGGACGUGGAAGGGGGAGGUAGGCUUUAUCUAUGCUAGCAGGCACCCAGCAUACUCUGGGUUCUAGGAGUCUACCUUAAGUCCGCCGCCUGGGCACUGCGUGUUUUCCCCUUAUCGGGACGGCAGUUGGCAUACUCGCAAUUUCAGACGUUGACAUCAGCUGUGCUCACUUACCUCUUCCCGACGGCCUCUUUGCCAACCGCCUUCAAUGGUGUUUUGGUAACACGAGAGGUAGCUUAUUUCUCUAACCUGCGUCAAUGGUAUCUUUGUAUGGCGUAAGGGUUGCCCACUGCCAUAAAGCCACCUUACAUUUUCCUAAAGUGCCAAAUACCUUCAAACCUUGACCAUCAUGAAACAAGCUGCACUAAAACCGACACGAGUCAAUCGCUAUCGCAUACUUACAGUGUUAAUGACAUGCGUUUCUUACAACGCUCUUUCCAGGUCACACCGAACCCCCAAACGAGUAUGCCCUUGCCAGGCCUAGACGCCUUUAAUUCCUCAAUGAUUCUCGAUUGCAACUUAAAUUGCGCAUUAGCAUCGAUGUUUCUAAUGCAUCUCGUUUCUUUGAUUUUAUUCAGGGUAGUAAAGACAAUAUGAGUAUCCUCCUAGUCGGCCUAAACAAACUUCCGGAGGUCGAUCCUGAAAUCGUCCGCCAGGAUGAAGAACUAGAAGCUUCCAUACGCCAGAUUAUCGAAAGUAAGUGCAGUUGCGACCUUUUCUGUCAUCUAUAUUGUGAUAAAACGCCACCGAAUCAGACACUGCUGCAGAAACUGUCGCACUCCCUCCUCCCUUAGUCUCCCUUCCCCACAAAUCACAUUUUCACAAAGGAGUGUCAACAGUCAAACACUGGGGGGAUGGGAGAGACGGGGGCCUGAAACUCAUCGUGCAUUGCCACACAACAGAACCGUCUUGGAAGUCACCAAGCAGCGCGCGCCUCGGACACCGACCUGUGGUACUUAUUCGUUGUCCGGGUCAAGACUCGCUACUUACUUGGGAACGUCAACAAUUCACCACUAUGUAAUUACUCGGCAGGACUUGAAGCCGAUCUCAGCGCAUGAGGUGGAAAAAUGCACGCUAGCACGCCGCCACACACAGACUCGAAAAUGACUACGGAAGUGUUUUUUUGACAGUGUGACGGCAGUUCGUCCGUCACGGACAACGAUAUCCACCCUGUACCCCCCUGCAUGGUGGGCGCAGGGACGGUGAAUUAUGCGUGAGUUAGUUUAUAGUGAUAAUCGACAUACGCUGUGUUUACCGCAUUCCCUUCCCUCAUCCACCUUAGUCCGGUAACCAAAGGCAGGCUCUGGCGCAUUGGCUGACACGGCCUGUUUAUGCGCGUCACACACGCCUGGUCCACGCACGCUGGACCAGGUUUACGCAGAGAACCAACAAGGGGACGGCUCAGAUCCCAACCCAGUGUAGGUAUGUCAUGGAGACCACACUGUGAAAGAGCUAUUGCAGCCUGACUCCGCUCCGAGACAUGGGUCAAGUCACCUCGUCAGUUGUCAGCCUCCCAAGCUACGGAUUUCAGCGCACCGUGGUAGUCUAAAAGCGCGUGAAGAAUGUGCACUGAGUGCCGUUGAGAGCAAGUCCUCAGAGUCAACCCACCCUAUCUUCCCCCUCCCAGGCACCAGUCCAUUUUCCGAGCCGGUCAUCCAUCUGAUGGUGGAAUCUGGCAGGAGUAGCUGACAGCCAAAUGGCCCGUCUGUACGUGCCACACACCAGCAACAGCAGGUUUUCGCGGCAGUUCGACCGACGUGAUCGACGAUGUCCAUCGUGUGCUCCACAGCAGGGUGAGGGCGCGUACGGUGACUUGCACGUGAGGUAGUCAGUCUAUAAUGAAGGUAGACUUGCGCCGCAUCUGCCGCACUUUCUCCUUCCCGCCUGAACCCGCUGUUAUAACAGCUUUUAAAAGACCGGAGGCGGGAGAGGACGUAGACGGCUGGCACGGCAAAAUCCGCACCUAGGCGGCGUACCGCCACACACCCUGGCCAGGUUUUUACUCUAAGGGAAAGGGGGGACGGCUUGUAUCGCGGCGUGAGUCUGCACCUGGGUCCGCCGCGACACCCCAAUCUUGGCGUUUGUUGUGCGUGCGCAUUCCCAAUAACGCCUUCCGACCUUCUGUUGUUGAGCAACAGGCUCAUGCGCUGUCGUCUGCUGUCGGCAGUAUUCGCAGUACCAUAAGAGUUACGUCCACUGAGCUAUUCUGACUGCUGGAAGCAGGACGCAUUUUUCGUAUUCCACCGUUCAAUCAGGCGCAACUUGUGAAUGUGGCUCAAUUGAGCGAGAUGUUUUAGCGACAGUGGCUGGGGGCACUGGGAUACUAUCGGUCUGACAACGAAACCUAUCAAACAGAACGGAAUUACCAGAUUAGGUAUCCUAGAUAUUUUGUACACCGAUGCAUGAGACCACAAGAGUUAAAAGAAAAAGACAAGGAACUAGAUGGUUCCGAUCAGGCGCCCAAACCAAAAAACUGGCGAACGCUUCCGUACAUUAAGAAUGUGUCCGAACUAGCUGAAAGGCACCUGAAGAAGCACCAAAUACGUGCCUUUAUCAUGCGCCGCUGUGCUGCUGCCGGUUUGGCUCGUGAGAGAGCCCGUAAGGCACAACAGGGGACGAGUGAGUUCCGUGAGAACGAUCGGUGAGCACCCCUCCACCAUUACCGACAAAACCAAGGGAGAGCGGAAUAGCCAUUUCUGGCUUCCUAGCUAUCAUCAGCUCGAGACUCAUGUUGCACCGCGCGCCGUCGUGUACUACAUCUGCACAGGUGGUAAACCUCAGGUGACAUCGCGGGUACAUAACGUGGGGUUAGAGGGUGGCCAAAUAGCACUUGGCAGGGCUAAUUACAUUGCCUCGAGCGCUCUCUUGUCACGUGCAUGUGGCGGGAUGCCUGGACACCAUAUAGUGCACCCGUGAGUCUGUGAAAUAUACCACCUGCCUCCCCAUAUGGUCCUAUCAAUGAAGAGUUCAAGUGUUGGCCUUUAUCUCUUCAGGUACAAUCGAGGGCGCAGCCAACAGCGAUACACCUCUUACCUCCACUUAUAUCGCCAAUAUCGUCCAAUCCCAAGUCUUACCCAACUACCCACCUGGUGGAUUUGUAACAAAGUAAGUUCGCUUUUUUCUCAGUCGCCAAUGUGACAAUUACUUUUUCUUCUUUUAGACGAGCCUUUGUAGAGAGCAUCUGUGCACGGCACGCACAAGUUUCCGAAUGGUACGUUAAAUCGCCCGUUUAAUUAAUAUACCCUCUCUCCCUCCCUGGUCUUUCCGUCACAAGAAUCGGGCCUCAAAAUCGGAUUUGGGAUCUAGGAUCUCACAUGAGUCAGUGUGCCGUAAAGGCGACAUUAAGGAGUGGGCAUUACAGCUCCACGGGAAUGAGCAAACUAUUCCUUCAACUGGAACCCUUCCAAACCAUGACCGUGCUUUGCGAUAAUUUAAUUGGCAAAUCAGGGCUACGGUAGUGGUGCACUCGGUUGCCACAUCAAGUUUCAUCGUACUAAUAAAAACCAGUCUGACCCACUUGACCGGUGACACGUUGCCUAGUCUGGCCGCCUUCUUUAUGAAUCGCCUCAUGUUUCUGCCCCACCUGCAUGCACAACUAUUCUUAUUUUGGCCUAUAAGCGACUUGCGUUUUGGUACUUUAAGCAUGUCUGGCUCGCAGAUAAGGAUAGGGAGGCGACCUUUUACGGUUAAAAUAAUUAAAUGAGUUUAAAUUAGUCCCAAAUGACGGCUUUUGGAAGAACCGCUCCAGCUUUGAGUGUCAGGAGCGAUUACCAAUUUUUCUACUGGACAAUCUUCGGUUUGGUAUCUUUUUAGGUGUCUGUGUGCAAAAGUUCGAACUCAUAAGUCUUCAUUAUAACAUGUGAAUUUCACGGUCAGGCGCGAGACGGUGUCUUAUUUCUAACAACUCAGUAGACUCGUCUUGCGUGCCAGGAAGAAGCGAAUGUCAAUGAGUUUGCGCAAUUAGCAGGCUUUUCUGAGUAUCGGAGACAUCGCAGAUUCGUGCCCACCCAAAAGCAAAACGCACUCUGGCUGGGUUUUCUUUGAUCUAUCUAGCGCACCAAAUAUGCUGCAAUUGCACUACCAGUUGGCGUUUAAAUGGAAUGAAGCACUCUGAGCGAUGAAACAUCAUUGCUGAGAGCCUAAGUUAUCCGGUUUUGAGGACGGUUUCAGCACAUCCACCUUCAAAUUUUUAGGAACCAAACAGGCAAAAGUCAGCAGAAACUUAGCUUAAUCGAGACACGGAAGACUGGAGUGGCCAUUUCCAAUCUAGUCAUCUUCCCCCGAUAGCUUUGGGUCGUAGAGACCUGAGGUUUAAACCCCUUUAAUCCGUGUCCUUGUACCAGUUGCUAAUUGGGUAACCUAAGUGGUAGUAAAACAAGGGCAGUUAACUACCAGGCGAGGCUAAAUGACCCUAGUUUGAAUUGCUCGUCCUCUUUUAUCCGCUGUCUGUCAUCGCAGUAGGCGUUGCAGUCAGCACGAAUCUUCCCGGCAGCUGCUAAUGCCGCGCACUUCAGACCGUUUGCGCACUUUGGGACACCAGAUCUGGAGUGAGCUUUCGAAUUCGUCUAUCCCUUUUUGGCUGACUUCAGCGACCCAUCGUUAGGUAGUUUGUGCCAUGACCAUCGGAAUCCCAUUCUCCAUUCCGUGGGUGCUACCACAGCAGAUGGGCACUGUGACGCUGUAUACUUGGGAAAUGAUAGGGUCUAGGUCUAUAAGUGGCCGUUGUGGACACCUUUAGUCCUGUCAACACUCCUCUGUCUACACACUCUCGUGAAGCUGCGGACUGCUCAAGAGGGCGGCGGCUACAAGGCCACUUCGGCCCUUCAAACCGAUGAAGCAUUGGCCAAAAUCCUUAGGUAUGAUUUCAAAUCGAAACCUACUAGUUUGGUGAUUUUGCAAUAUUAACCAACAUUAAUGGUAUCCCUACUUAUUUCGAAUGUGGUAACGUGCUGGCUUUCAAUCGCGACUGUUUCCAGCCACCUGUGUAAAUCACUGGAAAAAUGGUGCCUCUUAGUUAAUUUGGCCCCUUCCACCGCUUUUCUAUGCGUAAAUAUUUUGAGAGGGCCAACAUUGCGAAGGAAGCAGCAGUUAAUGACCCUACCGCAUUACUGCGCCUCUCAGUUAACUGCAAUCAACCUUUGCCUGCUUACAUAUCAUUGGACGUUGGCAUGUGAACAGUGUAGAAUAAAUACAACACGGUAGGUGAUAAACAACAUUGGGGGCUAUAAAUUAUAAGCAGCCUAGGAACACAACCAAGCCUAUAAAGGGUAUUAGGGAGGCGGGCCAUGUUAAGCAGGCUAGAACAAGUUGAACGCGACAAGUAAUAAAGAACAUGAACAAUUAGUCGGAUGUACGAGAGGGCACGGCCAGGGUUUGUGGGAGCAGAAGCAGGAUGCGAUCCAUUUAGACGAGCGCCCGCUACCAUCGCAAGGCCGGCCACGUGACCCGACCACUUGCACAGCGUUGACCUUACUGGUGCGUAGGAUACGUAGGCCAUCCUUGCACUAUUCGGGGUCUUAGAUGCCAGCAUUGAAUCCAUAGUGUGAUCAGUGCCCAAGUAUGCCUCGGCAUUGGACUUUUGGACGUCUUGUUUUAUGCCCCCGGAAGUCAUUUUGGUAUAUUUGACCGACAUAGUUGUCAAGUGUCCUCGCGUGCACCCAGUGCGCUAGCAUCCGUAAGUACAUGCAAACUCGUAAACACGAUUAGAGGUGACGCGCACGUGCGUGCUACGAAACCCUAACUUGGUCAUAUCAGAGAGGCAGGUCGUCACUGGUUUUCUUCGGAACUGGAAACCAAUUUAUCCCACUUCUCGUUAAAUGUCUCCCUACACCUAAUACUUUGUAGGUCUUUUGAGAAAUUUAUGUAGUUAUCUGUCUUAUUAGUGAGCUACAUUUCAGCGAAGCAGUCAGACUGACAGAAAAGUGCGUUCCUCCGUCUUUAAGUUGUAAGAAACCUCGUGAAAUGCAUGUGCUGUUAUUGCCGCUUUGGCGUCUAACAACCCAGCUGCUGAAUGGGUGUAACUUGUUCCUGACAUUGGUCUACGUUUCGCUAAGGCCGACGUCAUCUAUUACGACGAAACUGUCACCCAUGGUUUGUUGUUCAAAGCCUUUCUUAAGAGCAUCCGCCAAAACUGCCCAUUGCUGAGCCAUAAACCUGCCCUUAAAAAUGAACUACACACUUGGUGCAUAGCUGCAGUGGUUCACACAACUGCCUGGCCUCCAAGUCGGUUUCAGUCGCAGAUUCGGAUAUUUUAUCGUCAAUUCUAUCCCGUAACAUCGGCAAACAGGCUCAUCACUCCCAGCGAAAUCGUAUGGAUGUUCUCUAGGCUAGUAUCACGCUGUCCGUCGACGAACCUAAGAGCGCCUUUUACAUUUAGGUAAGUUAACGCGGACUAGCUUGACUGCCCACUGUGCGCAUUUGUUGUGGAUAGAAUCAAUCCUUGUAGAAAACUGAGAAACGAGGGAGCAGCCUCAUAUCCACAACUCAUAGGCUCACAUGUUCUCGGGUUAUUCGGACUACCUAACAUCUGUAAAACUGCUCUGCCACUGCGACCUAGUCUGUGAUAGAAUCCAUGUCUCCCGUAUACCUUAUAAAGAAGCCAAAACAUCAUUCUCGAUUGUCAACAGAAGCGAAGAGCCGAGUCCCAGGAAGCAGUCGUGAAGAAAGAGACACGAUCGCUAGGACGAGAGCUUUAUUAGCCUGAUGUUUCGGAUUCCUGCUCGAACCCAUUGUCAGAGACAAAAGCAGAUUAUGCGAAGGGGGCUGCAGUAUUUAUAGGAUGCCGUCGCCAUGCUACCGAGUUCCUAUGAUUAUUCACGGCUCUCCCCCUUCAUCAGGGAUCGUUGCACUUGGUGUGAUGACUGUUUGAUGGCCGACAUUCGUGUCGUUAAUUGCUGCAAUCUCAUCGAGUAUGCCAAAUGUUGAGAAGUUAACUUGAUUGCCCACUUGUACAAUGGUUGUUCAGACAACUGUAGAGUCCAUGACAUCACGGAUUUCAGUGCGGCCCGUGUUCUUUGAUCCCUGGCUUGACCUCCCGCGACCGUAGUGCAUAAAGAGAACCGCUGUUAGGAGAGGUCAUUGGCAGCGAAGUAAUAACUCCUUUAGCCGUCACCCUGAAUCUUAGUAUGCCUCGAUCAGGUUCGUGAAUUCCGGGAGUAUGCCAGCACCCUUAAUUAUCGUCCAGAGAGAAUUUCAGUCGGCUAAGUCGAACUCUGCAACAGAAUCCAGUCAAGUCGCGAAAAGUCCCAUUGAAGAAUUCAAAAGACAAUUUGGUCGGCAGACAUCAUCUGUCGAAAACAACGCACCUCUGCUGGCAGAGUUUUAAGGGUAGGUAUUUAAGCGAUGCCUACUGCCAGACCGAAAAAUCUAUCAGGUUUUAUUCGUUCCUACGUCCCUGACCCGGAGUCAAACGGUUCCAGAGGAUACGUGUUGAGACCUCUGUGCCGUCGUUGAUGAAUGAAGCCGGUGCGUCUGUAAUUUUAACAUUCCAUCUUGUUUCCUAUCUCUGAACAGGGAAGGAGAACGUCAUUCAGUUCCUUGGGGCACACUUAGUGUGGGGCACCUAAUCAUCAAUCUUUCGACGCAACUCAGAAAUGAUGUCCGUUACCGAUGACGGACUUUUCAGGUGCUUGGCGAGUGGUUAAGCUAGGGGUGGCCGACAAUGAUGACGUGCGCUCCGGCCUAGCUUGGAGAAAACAUCCGAAGUUUGGGAUUUAUCCAAAAGCUCCAGGAAGUAGUUAUGGGCAAUUUCUGGUGUCUCCACAUUUCUGCAGCGAGCCUUGAAAAGACCAACUGCCCACAAACGGCCUGUAUCCAUAGCGUAGCGGUGACAACUACAAAGACUGCAAAUGCACGCUUGCCUGGAGAAAUCUUCUCAGUCUCCAUCUCUUUGUUCGCCCAAUCCACCACGCACUUUCCAAUUAGGCAGACUCUUGUCGACGCCCGUACGUCAUUCAAAAUACCACAUAAUGACACAUUCUUGCAGUGGUGUGGAAGCUUGUGUGGUUGUGGACCCCCAACAGACCUUGAUUUUUUUGAGAUUUUAUCCUGUGGUAGUUCGGUUCGUUGCAGCCUGGCGUCAGGGUAGCAGUGGAAGGCAAAACCCUCUUUGAUGAUCCACAGCGAUCUGCACAUCGCUACCGUUGUAGUCUUUCUCGUGGACAGUGAACCCUGAUGGGUUUGCCUCCGAGUUUUAAUUGGCUUACUAUCUGCCUGUCUGGCAGAUUUUCCGUAUCAACCACUUGAGGACGCGCCGCCACGAAACGCUCAUUUCGCCACUUGUUGCCUUUAAAACCCUUUUCUGUCUUUAAUUAUUCUGAUUGAUCUCAGGAAUACUCAUCCAUAUUGCUGUGCCCUGCACAAUGUGUGUGCUAUUUCUUUCUGCACUAUUUUAGCUUUCCUACCGAGUGA